UAACCUGAAAAAACUUCACUAUAGUCGAGUUAUUGAGUGUUGUGAAGUUGACGAAGUAAAUAAUCAAUAAAAAACAAUUAAUUUGUCACAUACCUACGUGUUGGAGUGUCAGUCAUUUGCAUUGUGAUUUGCAUCCAAACGACUCAAGUAUUACCGGUCCCACACAACUCACUAUAAAGGCUUCCAUUUCGUCUAACAUACGAGCAUUUAUGGAACUCGGCGCCGAAGAAACUGUCUCUGGCGAUAUGGGUCCGUCAGAUAGAAAAUCCGAAACAUCGCGCUUAGUGGCGCCUAAUACCGAUCCAUCGCCGAGUUACCUCAACAUCAUAGCGAACUUAUGUGGGCUUUUAUUCCUGUGUAUCAUCCUGUACUCUUGUUUUAAAGACGGUGUCUCUUUGUUUUCGUUUCAUCCCACGUUGAUGACUCUCGGGUGGAUGGUAUUCAUGACAUCAGCAAUGCAUGCACUAACUCCUAACGACCUUGCUACUGGAUGGAUGCCCAUACGAUUGAAGAGUGCUCGUCAUUGGAUUCUUCAGGUGGUAGGUGGAAUAAUAAUAUUGGGUGGAUUCAUUGUAAUUGUCACAAACAAGUUUCUAAAUGGUGCUGCACACUUUACAAGUUAUCAUGGUAAAUUUGGAUUGGCAUCUUUUAUUUUCGUGUUGCUUACAAUGUUGGGAGGCUUAGGUGCCCUCAAUAGUUUGAAAUUGAAACAUUAUCUUCCACCUUUAUACACUAAAUUGAUUCAUACGUCAGCGGGUCUCCUGACCUUUUGUUUGGGGAUAACAACCAUAUUACUAGCUUUCUUCUCCAAAUGGUGGCCAAAUGCUGAAUGGCUGACUAUCAUUUGCUUUAUUUUAGUCCUAACAAGUAUGAUAGCCACGACACUGAGACCCAUAUUAAAGAUUUACAUUCGCCUCAGGGAAAGACUGGACAUUCAGAAUUAAUUUUGUUCAUGUACGAUUUCAUACCUCUUAUAUACCUGGCUUCAUAAUGACAAUGAUAUGUGAUAUUUAGUUUAACAUGUGGGUAACUAGAACAACUUAUUUGUUGAGAUGCCUUUUAAUUAUUUUGUUAUGGCUAUUUUGUUUUAGGCAAGUGUUUAUUGUUGUUUUAUGGUGCUUUUUACAUGUGUGUUGUUAUCUCUUUUACUUAUCUUUAAAUUAGUAUAAUGAAAUAAAAUUCAAAGUGUAGCAUGUAGGUAUGCAUAAAAUAAUAUGAUGUAUGUAAGUAGAUAAAGCAAUGUGUGUGAUUUUUGUAUAUUUUAUUAUGGAUAGUGAAAAUUUAUAUCCCUUUAUAUUUUUUAUGAAGAUAUAUUUAAUUUUAUAUAAUAAGUAAUAAUUUGAGAACAUUAUUAUUUACAUACCCUAUUUACAAGCUAAUAAGUGUAAGUAUCAUGAUAAUAAUUAAACACUAAUUUGAAAAAUAUAACAGGAUCAUUAAAUUGUAGUAGGGACAUAACUUUUCCAGUUUGAUAAAAAACAAAUAAAUGUUAAUAUAUAUAAAAAAAAAAUUAUGUGAUUAUCUAUAAAUAUCAAAUUGUCUCUUUUGUCUGGUCAUUUACUUAAAACUAUGUACUUAUUACAAAAAUGUUUUAAUACUAUCUUUUAACGGCUCUAACUAGCUUUAAGACUUUUUUAUUAAGAACACUUGGUGUUAUGUAUUUUGAAAUCAAGAAAAUAUCCAAUUUGUAAGGAUUCAAGUAAAAAAUUUUAGCACAAAAGUUUUAAAGGCACAGAAAUAGCCAGGAGACAUGGGAUGUUCUCGAGAGGCUAAGAGACUGAAACUUCUGAGCUUAGGAAGCACAGUUUUAUGUACCUAACCAAUAUUUUAUGUACAUUUUAUGAAUUUAGAUCUGAUUAUAUUUUCUCAUUACAGUAAGACAACAAUUGUGCCAAACAACAUUCUUUAGAAUACCUAUGUCACACAUGUAAUUCUAUUAUGCUGUAAGUUAAAAUAAUGUAUGUGUGUGUAGCAAUGUGUAGCACAUAUUUUGCUUCAUGGUAAUGAAUAUCAAUGCCUAGUUCUGUAUGUAUAAAAAUAUAUCAUAUCUAAUAAACAGUUGUAAAUGGCAUGUC